UUUAAAACGUACAUGUCAAGUGUCAAUAACAUAUGAUAAAAUGAAAACAUAACCUAGUAAACAAAUAAAUUAUGAAUAAUGUGUUCGAAACAGUAAAAUAGAUUUGUUAGUGCCAAUAAUUUAUAAUAUUUCACAUAAAAUGUCACAAAUCACUCUUUCCCACAGUCUGUCUAGACUAUUUACCUCCAAUACGUUGUUACUUGAAAGCCGAUGUUUACGUAAUGUUGUACCUGUAAGAAAUAACUCAAAUGCAGCUAAGAAAAAGACUGCCAGCUCUGUGUACCGUAGUAUGAACAUAUUCGACAGAAAAUCGAAGUUAUUACAGAGGGAGAGAUCCGCACAGCGAGAAGAUUAUCACUUAGCUGAAUUUAUCAAAGAAGAGGUAGGAUGGCGGACUGCUGACCGUGUUUUCGAUAUUAAAAGGACUUUUAAGAAUGCAGUGGAACUUGGUGCAAGCAGAGGCUAUGUGUCGAGACACUUCCUUCCCGACAGUGUGGAAAAAGUCACUCUCUGUGACACCUCACAGACCCACUUGGACAAGGCUAUUGUCGGUGAUGAUGUAAAGUUUGAGAAGGUGGUCAUGGAUGAGGAGAGUUUAGAUUUCCCAGAGAAUAGUGUUGACCUACUGGUAUCAUCGCUUGCAUUGCAUUGGGUCAACGAUUUGCCAGGACUUUUUGACAGGGUGAUGAAGUGUCUCCAACCAGAUGGUGUGUUCAUGGCGUGCGUCUUUGGCGGUGAUACACUGAUAGAACUACGCCAGUCGCUGCAGUUGGCAGAGACUGAGCGUAGCGGAGGCAUCUCACCACAUAUAUCACCUUUUACAAGGAUAAGGGACAUCGGCGGCUUGCUCACUGCCGCCGGCUUCACGCUGCAGACAGUGGACGUGGACUCGCUGACGGUGUGGUAUCCGAGCGCGUGGCACGUGAUGAGGGACGUGAGGGCCCUGGGCGAGUCCAACGCGGCGUACAACAGACCACUCAGGCUGAACAAGGAUGUGCAAUUCGCGGCCGCAGCAAUAUACGACGAGAUGUAUGGAAAGGAUUUCCCCGAAAAAGAUUCUAGAGGUGUACCAGCUACUUACCAGAUUAUAAAUUUCCUGGGCUGGAAACCGGAUCCGUCCCAACCCAGACCAAUAGAAAGAGGAUCGGGUCAGAUGUCCCUCAAAGAUUUACACAAAAUCGACGAAAUACUUCAAGACACUAAAAAAGUCAAAAUCACUGAUGAUGAUAUGAAAUAACAUAGUGCGUAGUAAUUUCAAAUAAAUUUUUUAAAUUAAA